AAGUUAAUGAAGCAGAGAGCCUGCUAUGCUAUCAAUAAGUAACCCCAAGUAAUGAUAAACCAAGUAUAAAGAAUAAAUUCAUAUCUGAGUCCAAACACAGAGAGGAGAUAUUAACAAUGGGCAGAUUAGGGUACCUGAGCUUACUUUUUCUCAUGAGCUUCACAUUUUGUGAAGUACUUGGGAGAACAUGUAAGAAAAGCAAGUGUCCUGUGGAGGGCACAGAAGGUACUGACAACUAUGACAGGGUGCUUGUGUUUGCUGGAGAAUUCAGAGGACUUGUUGCCCAAGCCAUUAGCAUUGAAACAGCACAUGCAUAUCAUAGAAUGGCAGGCAGGAACACUAGGGCUGAAAUCAUAAGUGCAGGAAGGAAUGCACUUGCAUUCUUCAAGUGUAGGUUUGGAUUGAGCCCUGAUAUUACUGAUGACGAACUUUACAAUGCAGAAAAGGUUGAUCUUGGAGAUUACACAUUCUCAACUGAGAAUCACCCACUUAGGCCAGGGCCCUAUCGUAUGAUACUGGAAUCCCAUGAUUGUAAGUCACGCGCCUAUCACACAGAACAACCGGAAGUACUGGAAAUUGGGUUUAAUAUUGUAAUCAAGAAUGAACUCAAUGCAGGAGGUACCUAUAACAGAACACUUUAUCCUGGAGAAGUUGUGAUUGCUGGCGCCUACAUGAUUAAGCCAAAUCCAAAGAAACGCUGUUCUAUGGAGGGUUUAAUAGUACUUCCUGUUGUUACCUAUGAACCAGUGAAGCCCUGCGGAGGAAGUGGUUUUGUCACACACCCUGAAUAUGGAAAUGGGACAUACCAAACCUCAUUUGUGAAAGACAACGAUGGUAUUGUAAGCAUCACAAAUGUGAUUCGUUUUCCAGCAAAAACUACAGGAGUCGUUUGCAAUCUCAUGUAUUCAUAGUUGUGGCAAAAUAAAAUCAUCAUAUCCAGACAAA